AUGCUGAUUUUUUAGGUUUUGAUGAACAAUUUGGUAAAAAAGGGAUAUAUGAAUGAAGGAUUGAAGAAGGAUUUAGGUGGAUUUUAUUGUAAAUUAUGUGAUGACUUAGCUUCUGAUGGUUUGUCAUGGCUAGACCAUUUAAAUUCUGAUAUGCAUAUUAAUUUGCUUGAAAUCAAAAUGAAAAAUAAAACAGUGACUGUUUUUGAAAUAAAUGAAAAGUAGCAAUAAGAUCAACAACUAAAAUUUAAGAAUAAACUUAAUAGAAGGCAGAAUCAAUUGAAGAAAUCAAUAAAUAGUAAGAAGAAUAAUUGUUAAAAAAAGAAAACAAGACAAAAAUAUAAAAUACAAUAAAUCAAUUUCAAGAAUGCAGCAAAAUGUAUGAUAAAUAAGAAUUGA